CAAUAUUAGCUCCCAAAAAUAGAAAGAUACAAAGACGAUACAAUCUUAAUCAGUUAAUUCCCUUUUUCCAUUGAUCUUAAAGGUUCUCUAUUGAGGAGUUCAAUUGGUUUUGGGCAUUCAAAGCAAUUGUUCAUGAUGUUAUUUGAGGUAAAAUAAAGAGGUUUUUUUGGUAGGAUUUUCUUAGAUGAAUCAAGUUUCUACUUCAUAGUUGAAGUGAUUGAUUUCAAUUGAAUUCAUAAUUAAAUUUAACUAAGUUUGGAAAGAUGGAGGACGAGAGUAAUUCUUGGGUUAGAAGAGCAAAGUUUUCUCACACAGUAUGUCAUCUUAUAGAUUCUUCAAGAUUAACCACUGUUCCUCUCUCUGUCAAAUCUGAUCAAAGUCUAGACUUGAAGUCAAAGAGUACUAUACCAAACCCUUCAAAUUUAGCAUCGAUCUCAUUACCAAAAUCAAACACAAAGAGUUCAAUUGCACGAACUUCUAGUCUCCCUCCAUUGGCCAAAUUGCCCUCCGAAUAUGAUAUUGAUCAAGAACUAACACCAAGAUCUUUACUUUCAGACUCUUUAAAAACUUCCUAUGGUUCUCUUUCAGUUGAUCACAGUUUAGACUUGAAGCCAAAGAUAUCUAUGCCAAAUUCUUCAAACUUAGCACCAAUCUCAUUACGAACUGAUCAUGAUCGUGUAGCUAAAUCAAACACAAAGAGCUCAAUUGCACGAACUUCUAGUCUCCCACAAUUAAAUCAAACAACAAGAUCUUCACUUACAGACUUUUUGACAAGUUCCUAUUGUUCUCAUUCAGUUGAUCAAAGUCUAAACUUGAAGCCAAAGAGUUCUAUACUAAAUUCUUCAAACUUAGUACCAAUACUAUCACUAACUAAUCGUGAUCAUGUAGCAAAAUCAAACACAAAGAGCUCAAUUGCACGAACUUCUAGUCUUCCACCUUUAGCCAAGGUGGCUCCCAAAUAUGCUAUUAAUCAAGAAGUAAAACCAAGAUGUUUAGUUUUAGACUCUUUAAUAAGUUCCCAUGGUUCUCAUUCAAUUGACCGAAGUCUAGGCUUAAAGCCAAAGAGUUCUAUACCAAAUUAUUCAACCUUAGCACCAAUCUCAUCACCGACUGAUUGUGAUCAUGUGCCUAAAUCGAACACAAAAAGCUCAAUUGUACGAACUUCAAGCCUCCCGCCGCUAAAGCGAACACCAAGAUCUUCACUUCCAGAUUCUUUGAUAAGUUCCUAUGCUUCUCUUUCGGUUUCUAGUACUUCAGUGAGGGCUCAACUAGACCGAGAUACAUUCAAAGAAGCUAAAUCUUCUAUCAAAAGGACAUUCUCAACUCCUCCUCCUGCAAGACCAAGAUCUAAAAGAAAAUCAUUCCUCAAAUUGCUCUCUAAAGAACUCCAAGACCAUGAGGUUAUAAAUUCCACAUCUCCACAAACAAGCCCUCUUCAGCAUUUCUCAUCUAUGAAAAUACCCAACAAGGUUAAAGUUAAACAUCAAAAGGAGAAAUCUUGGAUGAGGUAUUUUGAUGAUGGAGUUGGAAGAGUAACAAGAGUUAGUGCGUUGGACACUACUGAGGAGUGGAUGGUUGAUCUUUCGAAGCUGUAUCUUGGACUCAGAUUUGCCUCUGGAGCUCACAGUCGAUUAUAUCAUGGAGUUUAUAAAGAGAAGCCUGUUGCAGUUAAAAUUGUUAGGCAACCUGAUGAUGAUGAAAAUGGCCCAAUGGCUGCUCAAUUGGAGCAGCAGUUUACUAGAGAAGUGAACUUCUUAUCUCGUUUGUGCCAUCGUAACGUGAUAAAGCUGGCGGCAGCAUGUAGAAAUCCACCGGUAUUUUUCAUUGUUACCGAAUAUCUCUCCGGAGGUUCUCUAAGAGCGUUCCUUCACAAACUUGAGCACAAAACCCUUUCAAUGGAGAAACUGGUUUCGAUUGCUCUAGACAUUGGCCGUGGUAUGGAAUAUAUUCAUUCCCAAGGGAUUAUUCACUGUGACCUGAAACCUGAAAACGUUCUAUUUGAUGAUGAGUUUUAUGUAAAGAUUGCUGACUUUGGGAUAGCUUGUGAGGAGGUACAUUGUGAUGCAUUAACAGAAGAUACUGGAACGUUGCGUUGGAUGGCGCCCGAAAUGAUUAAGCAUAAACCAUAUGGUCGAAAGGUUGAUGUCUAUAGUUUUGGAUUAGUUUUAUGGGAGAUGGUAACAGGAAGAAUACCUUAUGAGGACAAGUCACCAGCUCAAGCAGCAUUUGCUGUGGUUGACAAGGUAUUAUUCUUGUUCCUAUUGUUAUUUUAGGUUUU